AUGAAAAUGAAUGCCGUACCAAGCCAGGUAUCUGUGAAAAUGGUCGCUGUGUGAACAUUAUUGGAAGCUACAGGUGUGAAUGUAAUGAAGGAUUCCAGUCAAGCCCAUCAGGCACUGAGUGCCUUGAUAACCGCCAAGGAUUCUGCUUUGCUGAAGUUUUACAGACAAUGUGCCAGAUGGCUUCCAGUAGCCGUAACCUUGUCACCAAGUCAGAGUGCUGCUGUGAUGGAGGGCGAGGCUGGGGUAACCAGUGUGAGCUUUGUCCACUGCCAGGAACCACCCAAUAUAAGAAACUCUGUCCACAUGGACCAGGAUAUACAACAGAUGGAAGAGAUAUUGAUGAAUGUAAGGUCAUGCCAAAUCUGUGUAGAAAUGGCCAGUGCAUCAACACAAUGGGUUCCUUCAGAUGCUUUUGUAAAGUUGGCUACACCACUGAAAUAAGUGGGACAUCCUGUGUGGAUCUUGAUGAAUGCUCCCAGUCUCCAAAACCAUGCAACUUUAUCUGCAAGAACUCAGAAGGAAGCUACCAGUGUUCAUGUCCCCGUGGCUACAUCCUGCAAGAGGAUGGAAAGACAUGUAAAGAUCUCGAUGAAUGUCAAACCAAACAACACAACUGCCAAUUCCUCUGUGUCAACACUCUUGGGGGCUUCACAUGUAAAUGUCCACCAGGCUUCACUCAACAUCAUACUGCUUGUAUUGAUAACAAUGAGUGUGGUUCACAGCCAUCACUUUGUGGAUCAAAAGGAAUCUGUCAAAACACUCCUGGAAGUUUCAGCUGUGAGUGUCAGAGAGGCUUCUCUCUGGAUUCUACUGGAUUAAACUGUGAAGAUGUGAAUGAAUGUGAUGGAAACCAUAGGUGCCAACAUGGCUGCCAGAACAUCCUGGGUGGCUACAGAUGUGGGUGCCCACAAGGGUACAUUCAACAUUAUCAGUGGAAUCAGUGUGUUGAUGAAAAUGAAUGUACCAACCCUAAUGCUUGUGGCACUGCUUCCUGCUACAACACACUUGGAAGUUACAAGUGCGCUUGUCCAUCUGGAUUUUCUUAUGACCAGUUCUCUAGUGCGUGCCAUGAUGUGAAUGAGUGUUCCUCCACUAAAAACCCCUGCAAUUACGGCUGUUCCAACACAGAAGGUGGUUAUCUCUGUGGCUGCCCUCCUGGAUACUACAGAGUUGGACAAGGCCAUUGUGUCUCAGGAAUGGGAUUUAACAAAGGCCAGUACCUCCCUCUGGGUGGAGAUGUAGAUGAAGAAAAUGCUUUGUCCCCUGAAGCAUGUUAUGAAUGCAAAAUCAAUGGCUACGCCAAUAAAAACAGCAGGAAAAAAAGAAGUGUGAAUGAAACUGAGCAAGCAGAGAUUGAGCAGAUUAGCUUGGAAAGCUUAGACAUUGACUCUCCUUUGAAGAUGAGGCUGAACUUCUCUGGACUUGGUAACAAAGAACACAUUCUAGAAUUCAUGCCAGCCAUACAGCCCCUUACGAACCAUGUCCGCUAUGUCAUCUCCCACGGCAAUGACUAUGGCAUCUUUCAAAUCCAUCAGAGGGAUGGACUUAGUUAUCUGCACACAGCUAAGAAAAAGUCAGUGCCUGGCACUUACACACUGGAAAUCACUAGCAUUCCUCUAUACAAGAAGAAGGAGCUAAAGAAACUGGAAGAUAGUAAUGUGGACAACUACCUCCUAGGAGAGCUUGGAGAAGUGCUCAGAAUGAGAUUGUGGAUUGAACUCUAUUAGCCACCUCUUCUAGACUUAAUCCAGUUCUUGAAUCACUUCUGUUCAUCUAUUUAUCCACCUGAGCAUGUCUACUUUUCAAAAGCUUUAAGGAGUCAAUGACUUAGAAGAAGAAAAAAAAAAAGACUUAUCUUUCCAUCCUGCCAAGACUGCAGAAUGACCCUGGCAGGAGGAAUGACUGACUCUGCCAUGGUCAAAAGUUUGAUUACAAGGGCAACCAUGGUUACUGUAUCCUUUAUAUAACCUCAAUUUAAAGUAUAUUAAAACUAAAGUUCAAGAGGUCAACACAUGGCACUAAAUGGCACAAAAAUGUGAACAAUUUUUUCCUGUUAGCAGUCUGUAACACUUUGGGUAUUUUGCUAUAGGUGCUAAUUAAAAAAAUAUAGAUGUUUAUUUAUUUUAAUGCAGUAAUAUAUGGAGAAAUUACAAACUAUGUAAACAAAAGGGAAACAUUUGUUUUUCUUUAGAUAUAUAAAUUUGAGCUAUUUUAGAGGUAUUCUUAAAAAAAAAUCCAGUAGAUUUGAAAAAGGUUUCCUUUUGUAUGCCAGUUGUCCAAAUACUUUUUAAAAAACAUUUGCAUGCUAUUACCAGCUCUGAUACCAUCCUCUAAAAGACAUUGAAAAGUACGCUUCAAAAACAUUGAGUAUUCAAAAAAAGUUUUAAAUGACUAGAAUUACAAUAUUAGGCUCUGUAAAGAUGAUCAUAUUUCACUGCCGGUCACUAGGACUAUAUUCUGUAUCAGCCACCUGAAAUAAUGGAAGCUGAGGCACAACCACUGUAGCAAAAUACCUUGACUGCUUGUGAUACCAUUACCAUUGCAGGCCAACCUGUACUGUAUUUCCUUCCGAUAACCUCAAGGUACCACAUGUGCUACCACAACACCUCAUUCUCACAAAAGGUGCUCUACAUACUUGCAUUACUGUAGGCAGCUGAAGAAAAAAAAAGUCUUUCCUUUGAAGGGAACACCUGAUGUUUCACUCUGUUUGGUGCUGGCUUGGAUUAAUGGUGCAUUUACUAGGAUUGAGCUGUUUCAGGACUGCCAUAUGUGCAAACUAAUUACGCAGUGCAGACCAGGAAAAUAUAUUUGAAAUCAUGUUUUUAGAACUUUCAUUAAUACUGUAGUUAUACACCAUAUGCCUCAUUUUAUCCUAGCCUAUUUUGUAAGAAAGAUGUUUGUACAUGACAUUUAGUUUUCUUUAGCAAUUUUUUUUUAAUGUUGUACCAUUCUGUGUUACAUGUAUGUCGCCAUGGUGCUUUUUUUUUUUUGUGACAGCUGGUGCCUGUAACUCGUCAU